UUGCAGCUCCAGAACGUUAUGGGUUUUCCCGUGCUGGUGCAGUCAUUGCUGAACCAUCAUCUUAUAAAGAGGCGUCUGGUAUACCUGAGUGGCAGCUUGCUAUGACUGAUGAAUUAAAUGCCCUUCAUCGCACAUGUACAUGGGAUGUUGUUCCGUUACCUGCUGGUGUUGUACCUAUCACGUGCAAAUGGGUAUUCAAGGUUAAAACCAAAUCUGAUGGGUCUAUUGAGCGAUAUAAAGCUCGUCUUGUGGCCAGAGGUUUUCAACAGACAUAGGGUAUUGACUAUGAUGAGACUUUUGCACCUGUGGCCCAUCUGACUACUGUCCGAGCUUUACUUGCUGUUGCAGCCUCAUCUUCUUGGACUAUCUCUCAGAUGGAUGUCAAAAAUGCUUUUCUUCAUGGUGAUUUACAUGAGGAAGUCUAUAUGCAUCCACCUCCUGGGAUAGAGGUUCCAUCAGGGCAUGUAUGUCGUCUCCGUCGAGCCUUGUAUGGUCUCAAACAAGCUCCUCGUGCUUGGUUUGAGAGAUUUGUUUCUGUCAUCAAGGCUUGUGGUUUCUAUUCUAGUGAUCAUGAUCCUGCAUUGUUCAUUCAUGUUUCUUCACGAGGACGCACGUUGUUAUUACUAUAUGUUGAUGACAUGUUGAUUACAGGCGAUGAUCCAGACCAUAUUGCUCAUGUGAAGGCGUCUCUGAGUAAGGAAUUUCAAAUGUCUGACUUGGGGGCACUCAGUUAUUUCUUGGGCAUUGAGGUUUUGCAGACUCAAAAUGGUAUUUAUCUUUCUCAGGCCAAGUACAUACAAGAUCUUCUUGAUCGUUCUGGUCUUAGUGAUACUCGCACUGUUGCCACGCCUAUGGAUCUACACUUAUCUCUUCGUCCGACUGAUGGGACACCUUUGGAGGAUCCAUCUCGAUACAGACAUCUUGUUGGCAGCUUAGUUUAUCUUACUGUCACCAGGCCAGAUAUUGCUCAUGCGGUUCAGAUCUUGAGUCAGUUUGUCUCUGCUCCUACAUCAGUUCAUUAUGGGCACUUACUUCGUGUGCUUAGAUAUUUACGGGGGACAAAAACACAAUGUUUAUUUUAUGACUCAAAUUCCCCACUUCAGCUUCACGCUUACUCUGAUGCUACCUGGGCCAGUGAUCCUACAGAUCGUCGCUCCAUCACUGGUUACUGUAUUCUUCUUGGAUCAUCCCCUAUUGCUUGGAAAUCCAAGAAGCAAACUGCUGUAUCUAGAUCUAGUACUGAAGCAGAACUUCGAGCCCUGGCUACUACUACUGCUGAGAUUAUCUGGAUUCGUUGGCUCUUGGCUGAUCUAGGCGUUUCUUGUGACUCGCCUACACUUCUUCGCUGUGACAACACUGGAGCUAUACAAAUUUGUCAUGAUCCAGUGAAGCGUGAACUCACAAAACACAUUGGUGUUGAUGUCUCAUUCACUAGAUCUCAUUGUCAUCAGAAGACCAUUGAUCUUCAAUAUGUGCCUUCAGAAUUACAGCUUGCGGAUUUCUUCACAAAAGCACAAACUACGGCACAACAUCAGUUUCAUCUAAUCAAACUCAAUGCUUCAAAUCCUCCACUUCCGCCUUGAGUUUGACAGGGGGUGUUAAGGCCCAUAAGGCCCAUAUUGCCUAUAUGCCUAUAUAUAUGC